AUGUCGCCCGCCUUGUCGCGCGACGCGCUGAAGGCCAAGCUCCGUGCCAAGGCUAAGGCGGCAAAGGGGCUUCAGAGGGGUCGGAACCGCAUGUUGGAUCGCAUCAUCUUCGAGGCUGACACGAUGGAUGACCUCGGGGCGGAGAACCGCUACCUCAAGAUUCAACUCGUCUCUGAUCAGAUGUCGCCCGCCUUGUCGCGCGACGCGCUGAAGGCCAAGCUCCGUGCCAAGGCUAAGGCGGCAAAGGGGCUUCAGAGGGGUCGGAACCGCAUGUUGGAUCGCAUCAUCUUCGAGGCUGACACGAUGGAUGACCUCGGGGCGGAGAACCGCUACCUCAAGAUUCAACUCGUAUAUAUAUAUAUAUAUAUCAAGCUCAUGCGCUUCAAUCAGGAGAACGCCAAGCUACAGACAGCGGCCGAUAAGCAGGCGGCCAAGGAGACUGAGUUGAAGAAGAAGAGGAAUGCCGCUGAGUCGAAAGUGAAGAGCCUGCUCGCGGCGAAGGCGAAGGGCAAGGGCACCAAGCCCCAGGGGCCCGCCACCGUGAAGGGGCACGCCAAGGGGACGCAGCCGAAGGGCGCGAAGCGCACCGAGACAGUUUCGAUGGCGCCUAAGGACCCGCACGAGCUCCGCCGCAUGAUGGCCCGCAUCAGUUCGCCUACCUUGCCGAAGUACAGCAUCGCACGUGAGCAGGGCUCGCUGAUCGAGGCGGAUUCGGGUGGCACAGUGCACUCCGUCGAGACCAAUGUGGGCAAGCGCCGUGGCGAGUGCCUGAAGUACCCGUAG